CAGGGGCUACGGGGACCCCCCCCAAGAGGGUGAGCUUGGGGGUGCAGAGACCCCCCCCCCAGGGUGGGGCACCCAGAUAUCCAGGGGUCCCAAACCCACCCUCUUUGAACCGUCUCGGGGUCCCACCCACGCCCCCCACCCCAAAACUGUGGGGUCGGGCUGGAGGUGGCCGAAGCCCUCGUGGGGUGGCCGAGCCUGGGGGUCGCCCCCCCGAGCGCCGGAGGUGGGACCCCCGGCGGGGGGAGUGGGGCUGGGCCGUCCCCUUUAAGGCCCCACGCGCCCGUGGGCGCAGCCGCUCACCUGGGCAGGUGACGGUGCCGGAGGUGACGGCGCCGCGCGGGCGCCAUGGCCGCCUCCGCCCUCUUCAUCCUGGACCUCAAGGGGAAGCCGCUGAUCAGCCGCAACUACAAGGGGGACGUGGGGCUGGGGGAGAUCGAGCACUUCAUGGGGGUCCUGCUGCAGCGGGAGGAGGAGGGGACCCUCACGCCCGUGCUGACCUACGGCCACGUCCACUUCCUGUGGAUCAAACACGCCAACCUGUACCUGGUGGCCACCACCAAGAAGAACGGGAACGCCUCCUUGGUCUUCUCCUUCCUCUACAAGGUGGUGGAGGUGUUCUGCGAGUACUUCAAGGAGCUGGAGGAGGAAAGCAUCCGCGACAACUUCGUCAUCGUCUACGAGCUGCUGGACGAGCUGAUGGACUUCGGCUUCCCGCAGACCACGGACAGCAAGAUCCUGCAGGAGUACAUCACCCAGGAGGGGAACAAGCUGGACACGGGGAAGUCGCGCGUGCCCACCACGGUGACCAACGCGGUGUCCUGGCGCUCCGAGGGCAUCCGCUACAAGAAGAACGAGGUGUUCAUCGACGUCAUCGAGGCGGUGAACCUGCUGGUGAGCGCCAACGGCAGCGUGGUGCUCAGCGAGGUGGUGGGCACCAUCAAGCUGAAGGUUUUCCUGUCGGGAAUGCCGGAGCUGCGCCUGGGCCUCAACGACCGCGUCCUCUUCGAGCUCACGGGCCGUGAGUGCCGGGGCGGGGGGCUCGGCCCCGUUCCCCCCACCCCAUCCCUCCUGAGCCCCCUGCUCCCUUCCAGGGGGAAGAACAAGUCGGUGGAGCUGGAGGACGUGAAGUUCCACCAGUGCGUCCGUCUGUCCCGCUUCGACAACGACCGCACCAUCUCCUUCAUCCCCCCCGACGGCGACUUCGAGCUCAUGUCCUACCGCCUGCACACCCAGGUGAAGCCGCUCAUCUGGAUCGAGUCCAUCAUCGAGAAGUUCUCCCACAGCCGGGUGGAAAUCAUGGUCAAGGCCAAGGGCCAGUUCAAGAAGCAGUCGGUGGCCAACGGGGUGGAGAUCUCGGUGCCGGUGCCCAGCGACGCCGACUCCCCGAAAUUCAAGACCACGGUGGGGUCGGCGCGGUACCUGCCCGAGAGGAACGUGGUCAUCUGGAGCAUCAAGUCCUUCCCAGGGGGGGAGGAGCACCUGAUGCGCGCUCACUUCGGGCUGCCCAGCGUGGAGAAGGAGGAGGAGGAGGGGCGGCCGCCCAUCGCCGUCCGCUUCGAGAUCCCCUAUUUCACCGUCUCGGGCAUCAGGUGUGCCCCCCAGGUGCGGUACAUGAAGAUCAUCGAGAAAAGCGGGUACCAGGCGCUGCCCUGGGUGCGCUACAUCACCCAGAGCGGGGAUUACCAGAUCCGCACCAGCUGAGGGGGGGUCUCCCAUGGACCCCCCGACCCCCAUGGACCCCCCCCCCAUCUCCAUUUCCCCCCCCCCCCCCCAUGCCCACCCCCCUCCUCCUGUGCCCCAAUAAAG